AUGGUGGACGUGACGGAACUCUGCGAAGAUGGCUACAGAUUGGCAAUACAGGCUGUAGAUUUAGACAAAAUGGGAAGCGGAGGUGCAGCUGCUUUUUUCUACAUUGAAGCUGCCGAAGCUCUCAUCAAAGCAUUAUCAUAUGAUCCCAGUUUAGAGGUGAGAGAUAAAGCUUCGCAGUAUGUCAGGCGAGCCGAGGAGCUCCGAGCGCUGGAAGAAGGUUCAUCUCACGCACCUACUUCUUUCAAGACUUCACAACAGAAUGGUGUGGAGAGAGCAGAAUUUCUUCUGAAGCAAGCACUACAUGAAGAUGAAAGAGGCAGACAAAUUGAUGCUUUACCUCUCUACACUGAUGCAGCCGAUCUUUGCAUCAAAACUAGCAGCAGUCUACCAGAUAGUGAUAAUUUAAAGAAAAAACUCCAUGGUCUUGCCAAGCAAGCAAUAGAGAGAGCUGAGGCAAUUAAGGCAACAUUAAGUACUAAGCCCGAAAGCGCUGGGUCAGAUUCAACGACAAUCACUAGAGGUGUGAAGGACCUUUCCUUAAUGUCGUCUGGAGAAUCAACCCCUGGGACAAGCACUGGGGACAAGAGACCUCAUCUCACAGUCAAGGAAUUGGAAGUUUUAAAGAGAACUUCUUAUAUAAAUGGUAAGCUGUACCCUCCCUGGCUGGAUAUUGACCUGAAAGAAAGAUUUGCUUAUCCUGACUGUUAUAGUGAUAAAGAUGGUCAGCUUGCCCUGUCACAGAAACAGAAAGCUCGCUUUACUAAAUGGUUAAGGCCAACAGAGUUGUGUGAAAACCCAGAAAUGAUUUAUGCUAUAUCAAGCUUCAGUAUCAAACAGACCAUUGUGUCAGAUUGCUCUUUUCUGGCCUCGCUGGCGAUCAGUGCUGCUUACGAGAGAAACUUUAAAAAGACUCUUAUUACAAGUAUCAUUUACCCACAAAAUCGCGCGGGAAAACCAGUUAUUAAUCCAUCUGGUAAAUACAUGAUUAAGCUGCGAAUCAAUGGAGUCUCAAGAAAGGUGAUUAUUGAUGAUACCCUUCCUGUUGGAAGAGAUGGAGAACUCCUCUGCUCCUACUCCAACAAUCGCAAUGAAAUGUGGGUCAGUCUUAUUGAAAAGGCUUAUUUAAAGGUGAUGGGAGGAUACGAUUUUCCCGGGUCCAACUCCAGCAUUGACCUACACGCUCUUACAGGCUGGAUUCCCGAGAGAAUGUCGAUAAAACGAAACAAUCCAACGUUUAAUGAGAGUAUGCAUUUCGAUCGUCUCUUGAAUGGAGUGAGAAGUGGGGACUGUCUCGUCACGGUCGCAACAGGCCCAAUGAGCGAAAGCGAGGCUGACCGAGCGGGACUUGUGCCCACUCAUGCCUAUGCAUUGUUAGACAUCAGGAAAGUCAAGGGACAUCGUCUUCUUCAACUCAAAAAUCCUUGGAGUCAUUUGAGAUGGAAAGGAAAAUUCUCCGAAAUGGACUCAACUAGUUGGACGCCGGAGCUUCAGAGAGCCUUGAACUACGACAGGAAAAGUGCUAUACAGAUUGACAAUGGAGUAUUUUGGAUCAGCUGGGAAUGCGUUAUGCAGUUUUUCGACGUGAUCUACAUGAACUGGAACCCCAAACUCUUCAAAUAUCGCUUCUCUCUGCACUCGACCUGGACAUCUGCUGAAGGACCCAAGAAAGACGUUUAUAAUAUCGGAGACAAUCCGCAGUACAAACUGGAGUUACUUUCCUCUGACAGAGAUACUGUGGUCUGGAUCCUUCUUACUCGGCACAUCACACAAAAGGAUGAUUUUGCAGAAAACAAGGAGUUCAUAACCGUUCAUGUGUAUAAGUCAGAUGGUGGAAGGGUGUUUUAUCCGGACAACCCACUCUUGGAAGGCACUAAAAUAAACAGUCCAUUUUACCUCGCUAAACUAAAUGCCCCGAAAGGAACAAACCGCUUCACACUUGUUGUCUCUCAGUAUGAAAAAACAAAUACAAUUCACUACACGCUGAAGGUUUUUUCUUCAACUGAAUUCCGUUUAUCUCCAGUUCCUGUCCCCUACACAGUUGAAAAGCAGGUAAGUUCCUGCAGACGCCAUGUGUUCGAAGUUAAGUCGUCGCAUCUACUAACCUUUGGAUUAGACAAACACCCUCUCUUUUUCGUUUUUUUACAGGUGACCGGUGAAUGGAGGGGAAAAUUAGCCGGUGGCUGCCCUAACUUCUCUUCACAUUCCAAUAAUCCCGUGUAUCGCCUGCAAAUCAAGACAACUUCACCCUCAGAAACUGCUGAAGUUCUACUAAAACUGCGAGGGCCCAAGCAGUUUUCAGUUGGAGCCAUAUUUCGUUCUGUAGAGCUCGCCUCGGAUGGGAGACCCAUUUACGAGGCGUACUCUGAAACCUACAGGCCUGGCUUUUACGUUCAGCAGCUGACCAAAGUGCCCACGGGCACAUAUGAUGUGAUUCCUUCGACUUUUCACCCAGGACAAGAGGGGCCUUUCAUAUUGACGAUAUCAGCAAGCUGUAAAAUGGCACUGGGAAAAAAGUAGACAGUCUUACAGUUCACUUUUCUUAGAGCGGUAAAAUGAGCCUGCGGUCUUGUCACUGGUGAGAAAAGAUUGGCUCUUCCUCACUCUCUCACUGGUAUUGCUUUCUUUCCAGCGAGUUAAGUGUGGAUUUGGAGAAAAGUAGGUUCAAUGGAUUUAGAGGAAAACUAUUGGUUGAGAAUCUGAAAUAAGGACAGAAUGCAACUAAAGGCUGAAAGCCGCCAAAUAAGGAAAUUCACAAUUCCUAAAAAGUCAGAUCUUGAAAAGUAAGAGAAUUUUGAUAGAAGGCGAUAAUGCCUAAUACGAAUGCACAGCUGUUGCAGUCGUUUUUUAAUUCAAUUGAUAAUUUGAUAAAAAUACUGAAAGCGGAAAAUAUGAUAGUAAAAUAUUGAAAUUUCUCGAAAUGAAUUUUGAAAUUUCAUACCUUUCUCAAGGAUACAGAUUGAAAUCAUCUUUAAAAAGAUGAUUAACUUAACUCUGUGAAGUCCUGGUAUAGUUAAUGCUUUUUAUCUCUGUAGAAAUGUGUGGAAGUAAAUUGGUGAAUAAACGCUUUAUCUUACAGUGAACUUAUCUGAGUAAUA